AUGAUUUUGACUGCGAUAAACCUUGGCAUGCAGCGUGAAAACAAGACCACAGAAGAACGUUUCUGGCCUAGAAUUUCGGGGCGUCGCUUAGUCCAUAAUGAUUCUGGAUCGGAGGCGGCGUUCCAAACAAGCGCCGAGGCCGAGAUGGCAGGUGGGCCGGGGAACCAAGUCCCGGGCAACAACUUGGUUGAUCGUCAUGCUCUGUAUCAAUCAUUGAGAGAUCCGAAACCGAGCAAGAUGGGCCAGCACGAGGAGAAAGCCGAGACCGAAGAUGCGUCACAUAUCAUUGUAGAAAAGCUGCUGGCCUGGGCUCUGGACCUCGGUAUGGGUUUGAGCACUGGAGCGACUGACUUGAGCGUGGCCAAUGUCGAAGUACCCUACGUUUUCAGUAGAAGGAUACUGACCUUACGGAUACUUGCCCCGCGCGCGCAUCGAAGCUCCCCACCAAAACUCAAAGCUGUCGCGAUUAACUUCAAGAAAGUUCCGACGUCACUCUGCUAUUUCUCGCGCCUCGCCGGAAGACGCCUUUCCAUUUUCUCGAGGUUUCUUCACCGACCACGAACAAUGGCGACGAUUGGAACUCUCCAGCGCAUCAGUGCUGCCAAACUCUCCGCGCUACUCUUGGCAGAACAGGCUGCAGGCACUUCGUCUGUGGCCGUCGUGGACGUUCGCGAGGAUGACUACCUCGGCGGUCAUAUAAAAGGCUGUAUAAACAUGCCCUCCAGAAGUCUCGAUGCCACAAUGCCCACCCUCAUGCGCCGCCUCGAAGGCAAGAAGACGGUCGUAUUCCACUGCGCUCUGUCGCAGCAACGCGGACCCAGUGCUGCCCUUCGAUAUCUCCGAGAGCGUGAUCAGAAUCUCGCCUCUAAUACUACUGCUACUGACUCGGCGGGAGACUCGGCAUCUGCGGAGCCCCAGACAGUAUACGUUCUCGAUCGCGGAUUCGUCGGCUGGCAGGAAAAGUACGGCGAGGACGAACGAUUGACCGAGGGAUAUAGCAAGGAACUCUGGAAAGAUGGUUACUGGAUGUAA